AGGUGGGCGGUUCCGGAGGCUGGGCCGGUGACCGUGCUCCGGGCGCAGCCGAGGCGCGAACCUGGGCUUCGCCCGCGGGAGGAGGCUGGGGCCCGUGUCGGCGCGACAUCGGAUCCAAACCUGCUGCUGGAGAUAAAGCGGCUUAAAAACUUGGCAGGUGCAACUUCACACCGAAUGACGCCUCUAACAGUGCUCACGGCUGAUAGCAAAACUCUCUAACGUAUUGUAUUGCUCUCAUCGACAGUGGGGUCAGAGAGGGCCAGCAAAUCGCUCCAUCCCUCUCCUCGCCUCUCGUUCCCUUCCCACACUGUACAGGUAAAGAAUUGUUCUAGAGGUUAGCUUUUGGUCGAUUCAGUUAAAGUAAUAUUAAUACAUUUAACUUUUAGGAUGUUGACAGUAGUUUCUCUAUUACUUUGAGGCAACUUACUAAACACUCAAAUUUUGUUUUGGAAUAAGGUAUAUAUUUUUCUUGCCAAAAAUUAGUCUAAUUGCAUUUGCCUAAAGGCUGAUUACUAACUUGGGAUGGCAGAGAUUAAUCUGGAAUUACACGCUUGUUAUUAUUUGUUUUUGGUCAUUCAUGAGUGGAUAGUCAACCAUUGACUGUGCACAAAUAAUUACUGAGGCAUAUUGUGUUAGGGGACAAUUUCAGUAUUAAAAAUAAUAAAGUAAACCUUUAGGGCUCCAGUGCCUAUGUGGUACAAAUGGCUAACAUGAUGUGGUGGACUUUAACCGAAAGGUCGGCCAUUCAGGUCCACCCAGAUGCCCCUUGGAAGAAAGGCCUGGCAGUCUAACUUCCAAAAAAUCAGCCAUUGCAAACCCUAUGGAGCACUGUUCUACUCUGAGGCACGUAGGAUGGCCAUGAGUUGAAAUUGACUCAAUGGCAACUUGUUUGCUUUCUAGUUUAGGAGCUCUGGGACUUUGGGAAAGUUACCUCUUAGAGUCUGUUUACAUAGCUUUAAAGUUGGGUAAUAAUACCUUCCUUGUCAGGUUGUUGUGAGGAUUAAAAUAGGUAAUAUAUUAAAAUGCUCACCAUACAGGAGUUUAUCUCCCUUAUCACCUCAUUCAGUCAGAAAGAUCAAAUAAAUCUUGAUUAGAAGAAAAAUCCUAAACAAUUUCGUAUUAUGAUGAUGUUAUCAGCUGUUUUCCUAGGCAGUUUCUGCUUUUUAAUAGAAAAUUUUGGUGGUAGACUAUGUGCAACACGCGGCUUCCCCCUGAGUCUGUGCUGGACUUGUGUCCAGGCCUGGUGUUAGGAGUCAGCGCGCCUUUAAUAGAAGUCAGAAUCCAUACCUUAUUCUGGGUCCAGGUUCCAGUUCGGUUUGUAUGUUUUUUUAAACCACACACUUUUACUGUUCUCUCCCAAAGAUAAAUAUUCCUGUAUUUAGAACCUCAAUUUCUGCCAAUGAUGAUGGUUCGAUACAACAUCUUGCAUGUAUGUUGAUAAUAUUGGGUGAAAUUUUCUCUCUUAUCUCUCUACGACACAGUCUGCGCUGGUGGCUUUCGAUGUUUUUUUGUUUUGUUUUUUACUGCAACCACAGUAUAAGUAUAUGAAACACAAGUUUCACCAAAAAAAUUAAUUCUUCCUAUAUAUACUAUGUUUUCUUGUUUUUUCUAUCCUAUUUUAAUUUUUUUAAAUGUGAUUUCUUAAUGCACUGAGUCACAUGCCACAGUUUGAAAAACAUGGUUCAAAUAUCUAAUUCUGGAGGAACUCCCAGGACUACGGCCCUAAGACACCCUUCUGAACUGGAAUUGAAGCUAUUCCCGGAGACCACCUUUCAGCCAAACCAUAGACAGGCCCACAAAAUAAACAGUAACACCCAAGAGCUUCGAGAUUGUAUCCAAAAGACCUUGAAUGAGUGGAGUGCCCAAAUCAGCCCAGAAUUGGUCAGGGAGUUUCCAGAUGUCUUGGAGUGUACUGUCUCUCAUGCAAUAGAAAAGAUAAAUCCCGAUGAAAGAGAAGAAAUGAAAGUUUCUGCAAAACUCUUCAUUGUAGGAUCAAAUUCUUCAUCAUCAACUAGAAAUGCAGUUGACAUGGCCUGCUCAGUCCUUGGAGUUGCGCACCUGGAUUCUGUCAUCAUUGCUUCACCUCCUAUUGAAGAUGGCGUUCAUCUUUCCUUGGAGCAUUUGCAGCCAUACUGGGAGGAAUUAGAAUACUUAGUGCAGAGCAAAAAGAUUGUUGCUAUAGGUACCUCUGAUCUAGACAAAACACAGUUGGAGCAGCUGUACCAGUGGGCACAGGUAAAACCAAACAGUAACCAAGUUAAUCUUGCCUCCUGCUGUGUGAUGCCACCUGAUUUGACUGCAUUUGCUAAACAGUUUGACAUACAGCUAUUGACUCAUAAUGAUCCAAAAGAACUGCUUUCUGAAGCAAGUUUCCAAGAAGCUCUUCAGGAAAGCAUCCCUGACAUUCAAGCGCACGAGUGGGUGCCACUGUGGCUGCUGCGAUAUUCUGUCAUUGUUAAAAGCAGAGGGAUUAUUAAAUCAAAAGGCUACAUUCUACAGGCUAAAAGAAGGGGUUCUUAACAAUAAUUUAUGAUCACAACCUACUGACUUCGUAUUUUCCUUGAAUAUAAGAUAAAAUUCAGAUGUGUAAAAAUCCAAAUGGUGUCUUUGAGGCAAAUGUGCUUUAGUUGUAUUUGACAAUAUGUUGUCUAUCAAGUAUUGAAUACUUUUCUUGCCUUCAUAUUAAUUCACUCACAGGAACCAUUGUAUUGUUUUCAUUAAACUAUUGUUUUCUAAUUGAAAUUGUCUAUAAAGAAAAUACUUGCAAUAUAUUUUUCCUUUAUUUUUAUGACUGAUAGAAAUCAAGAAAAUUGUUGUUAAAUAUAUUUUGGCCUAGGUAUCAGGGUAAUGUAUAUACAUAUUUUUUAUUUCAAAAAAAAUUCAUCAAUUGCUUCUUACUCUAUAGUAUAAGCAACUUAAUUACAGUUGUUAAAACUGAAAUACUGGAAGCUAUUUUUUCUGUCAUUGAUAAAAUAAUUAUAUCUUAGAAUAACUGGAGAAGCUGGGAUCUACUAGUACUGUAAAUAAAGUUCAUUUCUUCAAUACAUGAAUGCAAACUUAAAUUUUUUGUGUGUACUUGCUUGUAGCUUAGCUAUAACAAUUUAACCUUGUAUGCUUGUGCCAUAUUUUUUUUUGCUACUAUUUACAAAGACAAACCAAAGUAAAUCUGAAAAGGAGAAUAGAAGAAUUUGAAAUUAUUGUUUGGAGGUUUUAUAAAAGAACUAUUAUCAGUGUCCAGAUUUUUUUAAAAUUCUUGAUUCAUCCUUAAUAUUUUGCUGCUCAUUCAAGAAUAUUCUAGAAGUUUUGAGCACUUACCAUGUGUUGGGCAUUGUGGGCUCUGACGACAGUAGGGAGCACAGUGAGUAGAAAGCCAGGGAUGAAGAAUCAGUGGAGUAAAAUAUGUGAUAACUGACUUAGAACUGACCAAGAGGGACUAAAAGCCAAAAAAAUGGGUAAAAAAAUCUUUAAUUCAAGGCUAAAGUUGCCUACUUAAGACAACUUUGAGAUAUGGCCUCAACUAUUUAAAAGCAAAACAAUAUAAUCAAAAGUUUAGAGCUAGAAGAUACUAGCUCUUCUAGUAAUUCCUCAUUAAGAACCAGAAAAUAGCAAGUAAAUAAGCUGUGACCUCUGAUAUAUACUGUCCAAAAACCUACUACUGUCAAGUCGAUUCCGGUUCAUAGCGACCCUAUAGGACAGAGUAGAACUGCCUCAUAGGGUAUCCAAGGCUGUAAAACUUCAUGGAAGCAGAAUGCCAUAUCUUUCUCCUGUGGAGCAGCUAGUGGGUUUGUACCACUGACUUUCUGGUUAGCAGCCAAGCACUUACUCACUUGAUAUAUACUGUAGGUCUCUUUAAUUCUAUAAAUUUGUGCCUAUAACCCAAAUAGUUUGAAAAAGUCUUUAAAAAUGUAUGUCCAUCAAUAUGUUUAAACCAUGAGCCUAUAUAAAAUAAUUCACUGACGUUUUCUCAGUUUAGGAGAAAGAACUAGACAUAUGAUAGUUCCAUAUUCAAAAUAAAUAUACCAGAAUCUAUUAAAGUUUUGUAGUUUACUGAUAGAAUAACUUGAUCAUUAGAAUUAUAAUGUGAAAUCAGCUAAUUUACCUGCUACAACUUGUUUAGAUUUUGCACUUUCUAAAGCCAUUUAGCCAUUAUAUGAAUUGUAUGUAAUGUUACUAAAUACAUAUUAACAACCCAUUGCCGUAGAGUUGAUUCCAGCUCAUAGCGACCCUAUAGGACAGAGUAGAACUGCCGCAUAGGGUUUCCAAGGAGCAGCUGGUAGAUUUAAACUGCCAACCUUUUGGUUAGCAGCCGACCUAUUAACCACUGCACCACCAGGGCUCCUAAAUAAAUAUAGUCAACUUUUUUAUUUGGAAAUAUACAGACUUUUUUUCAUAUAACAUAAACAUCUUUAAACAAAUGGUCAUUUUAUUUUAAGCCUAUAUAGUGAACUGGUGGAGGUAUUUUAAGAGGGAACUGUAAUGUCGCAUUUAUUAUUUUUUAAAAUCCUGUACUUAGAAAAAUGAAUUGUUUGAAGGAUUAUUUUGACAAUGGAAAGAAACCUAUGUUGCUAAUGUAUCCAAACUUCAGCAGAAGAUUUUUGUGGCUUUUUCCCCCCACUCUUGACAAAGAAGCAAGAUUAUAGAUUAAUUUUGUGAAAAGGACCAUGUAUGGAAUGUUUAAAUGAGUUUUCUGUUUGUUUCACCUCUGUCUGUUAAAUUUCUGUUAUUGAAUAACCUUACUGAUUUUUUAAAGGCUUUAUAAUUUUCCAAACUAAUGUUCACAUCCUUCUUUUCCUUUUAUCAUGACCUUUCAGAAUAUAGUGUUUACUUUUCUAAUAUUUAAUUUUAAGGACUUAAUGUUUUAAAAGCCAUAAAAUAAAGAGUAACACUACCAAAUAAUUGCUUAAAACCAAAAGCUAUUUAUCAACAGCAUAUGUGACAGUUAUGUCUUCUGGGGAAAUGGAUAGCCAAUGACCAGAUAUCAUUUAUAUGAUUGGUUUUUUUCUAGUAAACAUAAAAAGAAGCUGCAGCUUGUUCAUACAUUUUGAAAAAAUCCUGGAGCCUUAUUUUAAUACAGUGUGUUGUAUUUUGGGAUUUGUUUUAUGAUGAGUCUGUCUUGGACUCACAUCCAAGACACUAGAGUCACCAGAAGGAGCAAGGUGUCAUAAAAUACAGUCAUUUGGUGUAAACUCCGAAGACUACAUUGUACCAGCACACUAAUAAAGUUUUCAUUUAGGGAUGGCCAGUGUUGGAACUUGGAUCACAACCGAUACCAGUUGCCGGCAAGUCAGUUCGGACUCACAGUGACACCAUGUGUUUCAGAGUAGAAGCGCGCUUCAUUGCGUUGUCCACGGCAGUGAUCUUUUGGUAGUAGACUGGUAGGCCUUUCUUCCGAGCUGCCCUGGGUGGAUUUGAACCUUCACCCUUCUGGUUAGUAGUCUGGCACUGAACUGUUUGUGCCACCCAUGGACUCCUUGAAUCACAAUAACCAAAUAAUUUUUCAGUUCUCAAAAACGAUCACUUGGACAACUAUGUAAAAUAAAAAAUAGUUACUCUAUUUUGCAUGAAUGGUUCAGACUUCAGUACCAGAGCCAAGUAGUGGUAGAAAUUGGAUCGUGUUUUUCAGCAAUUAAAGGUCUCCGUAUCCCGUUGUGUCAAGUCGAUUCAAACUCAUAGUGACCAUAUAGGACAGAGUAGAAUUGCCCCAGGGGGUUUCCUAGGCUGAAAUCUUUACAGGAGCAGAUGGCCAGGUCUUUCCUCCCUCUGAGCUGCUGAUGGGUUCAAACCACCAACCUUUCGGUUAGCAGCUGAGUGCUUAAGCACUGCACCACCAGUGCUCCUUAUUAAAAGUCUAAGGCUCAUCUAAUUAUGUCUCUCUUAUGGUAAUAUUUUCUUUCUAAUGGUUCCAUCCAGUAUUUUCCAUAUUUGGGAAUAUAAGUAACAUAUAUUUGUUGUAUAUCAGCUGACAAUUCACUUUCUUCAAAUGUACAUUUAGAGAAAUAUGAAGUUGUUUUAAUGAGGAUUUAUACCAUUGUAUCAAUUGUGUUUUCAUACUCAAAUAUACCAAUUUAUGACUCUGAACCUAUUUUUUUCAUAGCUAACUUCCUAAUGUACCAGAACUUGUACCUGUCUUUUUCCCAUAAAGUUGGUGAUGGAAUUUGUCAGUUUUAUUUCUGAAAAGUAUGUAACAUGGCUUUCAUUAAUAUUCUUCUUGUUUUCAGACUUAGAAAUACACUUAAGAGAGGAAAUGUUUUAAUUAGAUAAUUCUACUUUUUCUUAUAUCUGUGUAGUGGUGUACUAUAAAAUAAAAACAAAAUAUAAAGUGUUAUUAAUAAAAUAUAACAGCUUUUAAUUUUACCUAUAUUACAAUUUAAUUAAAUUGUGAGUUGUAUAUCUUUUAACUAAGUUGUUUCAAUAGAUGCAAACAUACUGAUUUCAAACUAUUUGAGCUCAAACCCAGUAUGAUUUGAAAAUAAAUUAUGAAUAACUUUUUAAAAAUCCAAACCAUGAAGAUAUACAUGCAUUCAUUCAAUAAACAAGCAUUUAUUGGGCGCUUGUUAUGAACUGGGCACUGCAAAUUUCUGGGGACGGAUACAGAGAUGAAAACCUCAAUCUUCAAGGACCAUAUUAUUUGGUAUGGCGAAUUUGGUGGGGAGAGAUCUGUACAUGAAUGAGAGCAACAGACAGUAUCUGUCAAUGAUAGAAGUGGUGAAAAGGACUUGGAUGCAUAUGGAAGGGACAGGGGCUGGGGAGUAGGGUAAAGACGAGGAAGGCUUCCCUGAAGAAAUUAGCCUUGGAGUUGUCUCAAAGGACAUGGUGUGAGUUGCCAUUCUGGGCAGAAGCCCUAGUUUGCCUGGUUUGUAAAUACGCGUUUAUUGAAUGUAUAAAUGGUGAAGGGUUCAAUGAAUGGUGAAGUAGUUUAUAUGUAAACUUUAGAAAUUCAAGGGAAACACUUUCUUCAAAAGCUUGUGCUUAGCAGAUAAAAAGGAAUGGCUUCUGUUGAGAUAAGAGUAGGUAAGGUUGGAAAAUUACAUUUCAUAAAAGAGACAAACUAAAUCUUAACCAACUCCCCUAAAUACAGCUAGAUAUGGCUGCAUAUAGUUCCAUUACCAGCGUAGUGAAAACCUUAAUGUGUAUCCCUCAGCAAUGACUAAAUGUAUAAAAUGUCAUACAAGAUUUUAGUGUCUAUUGGUCCAUUAUUUUAAGAUUCAUGUCUUCCGGUAAUCCUUACUUAUUUUGAUUCAGCUGUUUUCCCUGUUUCUUUGCGCACUGUUUCUUGCAUCCUACUCCUUUUAAGCUCACUUUUUCCUUCCUACCUAUGUCCUUAGUAAUUCUUUCACUGAAGUCUUUGGGGCAGUAAACUUUCUAGGUCCUGAUUUUCUUCCCUUGAAGUAGUCUGUCCUUUCUUUCUGGUCGCUUUUAUUUUUAGUUGAAAAUUUCCAUUUAUGUUGAUAUGUAUGUAAUUAGAACAAAGCAAGAAAAUAAAAACUUCACAUUU